AUGGAAAAGCCUCAGACCAAUGACUCUUUUCAAUGUGAGCUUGAAGAUUUCAUUAGAAAGCAGAAAGCCAGGGGAUUAAAUCCAAGGGUCUACUUCAGAAAUAAGGCAGAGAACUCUGUUCACCAAGAAAGAGACCAUGUCAGCUCUGGAGCUCCAAUGUUCUCAUUCAGAGAGCACCCCAGACCCUCUUAUGAAGGGCUGGCAGGGGAAAACCUGGCACCUCACAGCAGACCAAGACUGGAAUAUCUCAGGCAUCAGAACCAGCCAGUCAAUCAAGACAGAAAGGAAAAGACAUGGCACCAGGAGCAGGGAGGAGGCACCAAUGCAGAGCCAGGGAUGGCGGAAAGGAAACACCACAGAGAGAGGGGUUCACUCAAAGACAGGAGCCUUAGCAGAAAGAAGGCCUCAGCAGAUCCACUGGGCACAGAGAAGUCCAAGCACAGAAAGGGGACCAGCCAUGAUAGACGGGACACCACCAGAGGCAGACACCAUUCCCACAGAAAGAAGAAGGAACCAGAGGAGAGGGAUUUGUGGGAUGAAGCUAUCUUGGGCAGUUGCUACUGAUGUUUGGGCAUUUGGGGGUCCCAAA